AAAUUUUACAUUUUUUUAAUUUUAAAUGGGUUGUUGCUCAAGUUAGAGACAUACCACUAGAAAAAAAACAUAUUUUACAACUAACAUUAGAACAUUUUACAGAUUCGGUGCUGUAUUAGGAAAAGGAUCUUUUGGAACAGUAAAGGUAGGAUAUAAAGAUGGACCUGAUGGUGAAUAAGUUUAUGCUAUAAAGACAAUAAAUAAAGUGAGAGUUGUGGAUAAAACAUAAAUGAUUUAGGAAGAGUUUGAAAUACUGAGGAAAAUGGAUCAUCCCAAUAUCGUUAGAUUCUAUGAAAUGUAUGAAGAUGAUAUGUUUAUUUAUUUUGUUAUGGAACAUUGUAAAGGAGGUAAUUUACUAGAAAGAGUAUUAUCAAAAGGUACAGAAAUUUGAAAAAUAAUAUAUAUAGGUAGUUUUGAUGAAAUUAAAGCAAGCAUAGUUAUGAGGAAACUAUUUUCUGCAAUAGCCUAUUUACAUAGUUAGGGUGUUAUGCAUAGAGACUUAAAACCUGAAAAUAUAUUAUUAUCUAAUGAAAAUGAUGACGCAGACAUUAAAAUAAUAGAUUUCGGUUUAAGCAAGAAAUUAAAGGAAUCAGAUAAAGAUAAAAAGAAAUAAUUAUAACGAAAACAAAGUUAAGUUGGUACUCCAUUAUACGUAGCUCCAGAAGUUGUGACUGGAGUGUAAUUUAAUUAUUUAAAUAAUUAGAUACAAUUAAAAAUGUGAUGACUGGGCUGUUGGAUGUAUAAUGUACAUAGUAUUGUGUUCUGAACCACCUUUUUUUUCAGAACACUUAAAAGAAUUACUAUAAAAGAUAUAAUUCAAACCAUUAUCAUUUCCUUAAGAGGAAUGGAAAGGAAUUAGUUAAGAUUGUAAAUAGAUAGUUUAAGGAUUACUUUAAAAAGAUCCAGAAAAAAGAAUGACUUGUUCAGAAGCCUUAAAUAGUGAUUGGGCAAAGAAAGGAUUUCGGAAACCAUUAUAAAUAAAAAUAAAUUAGAAGUAAGGGAAUAUCAAUUAAUCAAAUGAUUGUACUCCUGUGAAUACAUCUAAUAUUAAAGGAUUGAAAAGAUAUGCAAAAAGCAAAUAAUUUAAAAGAGAAGUACUUCGGAUAUUAAUAAAUUAAUUGAAUGAUAAAUAGAUUGAUAAAUUAAGUUAAAAAUUUAAAGAAUUAGAUAAAGAUGAAGAUGGAUUUAUUACACCAUAGGAAUUAUCUUAGAUAAUGGCUAAAUUAGGAUUUGAAACAACAAAAAAUGAAAUUGAAUAAUUAAUUCGUAAUACAAAUCCUGAAGAAUAAUAAGCUUUAUAAAUAAAGUACUCUCAAUUUUUGGCAGCUACUUUAGAUUUGAAGUAGUAUUUGAAUAAGGAAAGAUUAUGGAGUUUGUUUCGUUAUUUUGAUGUUUAGGAUAAGAAAUACAUAACUAAAGAAGAUAUAUAAUAAGCAUUAAAGAGAGAAGGAAGAGAAGAGAUGGCUUCAGAUAAGAUUCUUACUGAUUUAAUGAUGCAUGAUGGGAAAAUGACUUAUAAAGAUUUUUGUUAAUUGAUGCAUGAUGAUAUGGAAAGUGAUUAAUUCUUUGAACAUUUCGAAAAAUUGCAUGCUUCUCCUGAAAAACAUAGAAGUAUAAGCAAAACUUGA